AUGACAUUUACGGAAACGACACAGACUUCUAUUGAAAAGAACGACGACCUUCGUAUUCAGGAAUUAAUCGCAGCUUCUCAAAAGUUACUUAGUCAAAAUACGCAACCUCCAACUCCGACCGCUACCUCUAGUUCAGGUUUUAAUUUUAACCCAGAGUCUGUGGGUCAAGAGAAGCAACAAUUAAGAGCAAGGAAACCAAGAACGAAAGCUAGCUCUGAACACUUGAACGGCUUUGGGGACGCUUCUGAUAUGUCCUUGCCUAUGUCACACAACGGUUCAACUCCUUCAGUGGUUAGUAUGACGAACGGUUCGACUCCUGCACAUCUUGUUAUCAACAAUGGCACCACCGUAGGAAAUAUAAAUAGUGGUUCGAACUCGCCUAGUUCAGGAUCCUCUACUUCGACAAACAGUAUGAACGGAACGCGAGGUGAAAGACGAUCAUAUAAAGAAAGAAAUGAUCCCGAGAUUUCCACAAGUCCACCUGAACUCAUAAGAGAUCCAACUUCAGAAUCUUUUUCUACUCAUACCCAUAUUUGGCCAAUUGUCUUUCCCGUAGUGCCACCUAUGGGUGCACUUAUUUAUGGUAAAUCUGAUGUUUGGAGUGACUUCCUCUUGUUACUCUUGAUUGCUUUUUACCUAUAUAAUAUUAUUAAAGUCCCAUGGGAACUCUAUUAUGCUGCUAGGUCAAGACGUGUUAUAAACGAAAAUCUUCCAGGCCAGACUGCAGAUCCGGCUCAAGAAGCUCAGCGAAACCAAGCUGCAAAAGAACUUCGUAUACAAGAAAUGUGGGCAUUGUUACUUGUGGUUGCAUCACCAAUAAUUGGUGGUUAUGCUUUGCACGGUGCAAAAAUGUACUUGACUGAUUAUGAUAAAUACAUCUCACAUUUCAAUAUUAUGUUGUUCGUAUUUGCGGCUGGAAUUCGUCCUUUGAUGCACAUUGCUAACCUCGCCAAAAAUCGAACUUUACACUUACAAGAACAAGUUCAUUACCCUAGUACUGAAGUAGAAUUAUUAAAACGACGUGUACAACAUUUGGAAUAUGAAUUUUCACAAUUACGUCGUGGUUUUGCAACAAAACGCGACGUUAUAAAUGUACGCGAUGGAUUUGAACCAACAAUAACGCA